UCCAAAAGAGCGGCCGUUUCUACACUAUAUAAACCCUUCCUUUCACUGUCUCCACCACCAGUCCACUACCCCCACCUCCUCCUCUUCUUCUUCCUUCUCACUUCUCACUUCCACAACACUCACUCUCUCUCUGUGUGAUACACGUAUAUAUACAUGAAGAAUAUGCAGAAGAAGUUACUAAAAUCAUGCUUUAACAAGUGGAGUAAGAUGGAGAGUAGAGUCAUACCUUGUGCAGGAUGCGAGCACUGCUGCCAGUGGGGUUUGUGGGCUUCCUCGCAUGAAGGGAAGUCAAUACCAAGAGAUGUCCCAAAGGGUCAUUUAGUGGUCUAUGUGGGGAAAUAUUACAAACGGUUUGUGAUCAAAAUUAGCUUACUUGACCAUCCACUCUUCAGGGCAUUGCUGGAUCAAGCUCAGGAUGAAUACGACUUCACUGCUGACUCCAAGCUCUGCAUUCCCUGUGAAGAAAGCAUUUUCCUUGACGUUGUUCGAUGUGCUAGCUCUCCACAGGGUUCAAGAACCUGCCUGUGUCUCUGAAAAUUCAUUUAAUUGAGCUCUGAUUAAUUCUUGUUGCUUGAGGCUUAAGCUAACGCUAAGCAUAACCCAUUAAUUAUAUGCUGUAUACUAUUUGUAGUAACUGUAACCUAAAGAUUUAUCUGCUAGAUCACAAUUGUAAUUCCGUUUGAUAAUGGUAAAAUUUGUGUUCUGCUCUGUGUGUUUGGCAUUGA